AUGUCUGCACGUGUUUCUGACAGGCGAGCUCGUGAAACUGACGAGGAGCGUGCCGCUACGCUCCGAUUAGUCGCUGAACGGGUCUCUACUAGACGAGCCCAUGAGACAGUAGAAAAAACUAGCGAACGUAAAGCAUACAUGUCUCAACAAAAAGCUAGGCGACGAUCAGUAGAGACCGAUAUUGAACGCUCAGCGAGACUAGAGCAAGAUGCCGCUAGCAAGGCAAACAAUCGCGUUUGUGAAUCGCACGAGCAAACGGAAGUGCGUCGAAGAGACGCGAUAGCACAGCCGCGGUACCGUCUACUGAUGAUAUCGCCGGUAUCGAGAGACAAGGGCCUUCCUAAAUUGUUCUCGAUAGAGAACAACGCGAUACCAGGGCCGGUACCAGAAUGUCUCGCUCGGUUGUCGGUCGUUGAAGAAAUGCUCAUCGCUCAGAUCAUGCCGAUGAUGCAGACCUACAUUUUACCGUACGGUCAGUACGGAUACAAAGGGCACGUUAUCUGUCUACCGCAAGACGUUCAGUCUGUAGCUACCGCGUUGCCACGUACUGGACGGUCGGUAGGUGUGGUCGUCAUCAGGCGAAAGGGUAAGUCUGGUGGUCAUCGAGAUUUCCGCGUCAGACGUGCUGUAGUAUUAGAAGCUCUUCGUUGGCUCAUACGCAAUAACCGUUACUAUUCUAACGUAACGAUACACUACGACGUCGUAGACGCGUUGCCAGAAGACGGUACGUUGUCCGACUUGCAAGUGAUUGAAGACGAUGACCUAGCCAGACUAGACCCUAACGAUGACGCUAACGUAGACGAUCAAUCUCAGCAAGAAGGCUCGUCUGAUGACGAGGACUUGCCACUGCAGCGAACAGUGCUUCCUCGGCUAGGUACGGGUAAGUGUGAGAACGAUAUCAUUCGCGAUUCGGUGAAUGAAGGCGAUGGGCCCGCUAUUACCAAUCAGUUGAUCGACGAGUUUAAUUCGGAAGGUUACUGGAGCAGAGCGUUUCCUACUCUGUUUCCGACGGGUGCCGGUGAGUAUCUGGCGCCGAGACAGCGACGGCUAACGCUCGGUCGGUACUCGAAGCAUCUCAUUCGCUAUCGUGACGGACGGUUUGCGCAGCAUCCCAGAUUUCGUUACUUUGCACUGAACACCACGAUGAGAUGGCGAGCUCUCGAGACAGGCCGUGUGUUUGUCAAACAGAGAAUUGGUGAAAAUCAUCUGAGCGUGGAAGAACCGAAUGAGAUGGUUAAUCGAGGUGAGACUUCGUUUGCAUCUCGAGUAAUGAGGUUUAGUAGUUCUUUGCAUGGAACUAGACAGUACUGGUGUACUCAAAGACUAAACCUAGUGGCCAUGCAAGAGGCACUAGGCAUGCCGACUAUAUUCUUUACGCUUAGUGCUGCCGAUACUCAAUGGCCAGAGCUUCGGGACUUGAUGCGUCACUAUCGGCCAAACGCUAACCAAGACAGGGCCAGUGAGAGAAUAAAGGCGGUCAUCGAAAAUCCUCAUUUGACCGAUUGGUUCUUUUUGCACAGAGCAGAAAAAUUUAUGCGAUACUUUUUGCAAAACAGUCUUGGUGCUGUAGAUUUCUGGGCACGCAUUGAGUAUCAGCACAGAGGGAGUUCUCAUUUGCAUGGUGUGGCAUGGCUGGUCGAUGCUCCACAUUCUGAUAAGAUAAGUUCAGAUUGGGCAUGCAUGCACAGAGCAUCCGAGUCGGGCGAAGCCGAAGCCACUAGCAAACAAAUGAGAAGGGCAGAGGACAUUGCACAGGAGGUGUAUGACUUUGCCGAUGCCCCGGUAACUACGUGGAAUCCCACGUUGAAUGAAACGGGGGAGGGUCACAUGCCUCGAGCAGAAAUGCACCCCUGUCACAAACGACAUAGAGACGUGACCGACGAAGAGCAGGAUUAUGCUGAACUAAUAGCCAAUGUACAGAGGCAUACGAAAUGCUCAACGGCUUACUGUCUUCGCCGUGCUAAACGUAAGAGGACCUCUGCCCUAGCAGGGGACAACGAUCAUGGCAGUGAAAAGGAGCUACAGUGCCGUUUUAAGUUUCCCAAAGUCUUGUCAAGUAGAACACAUUUUGAACUACAAGACAAGCAGCCAGAGCUUGUUACGCAGCGAAAUGAUUCUCGCAUUAAUGGGCAUAACCGGGCUCGAUUGACAGGCUGGCGGGCUAAUGUUGACAUGCAGGUGUGUGUUAAUGCAGAAAUGGUGUCUAAGUACAUGACCAAAUAUGCCAGCAAGAGUGAAGGCAUGUCUGGACCUCUAAAAAAGACUUUCGAAGUUAUAGUAGAGGACUCGAAGAACGAUGAUCAUCCAAAGAAAGCCGUCCAAAAGCUAAUGACAAGGUCUGUAAUAGAGCACGACUACUCGGCACAGGAAACGUGCCAUCACCUUACGGUACGAUUUCAAAAGGACGGGGCGGGGCGUCUUGUCGAACGCAACAAAAAGGCUGUCAUUCGUUACGUUCCUGAAGUAAAGGCUGCACUUCCAAAUGAUUUGGAAAAGUAUGAAACUUACUGCUCUAGGCAGCUGGUAAAAUAUAAACCUUUUCGGUGCCCAGAAGAACCGACCGCUGAUUUUGGUGGUAGUGCAGUUGCUUCGUGGGAAGAAUGGCAGGGCUAUUGUUCCGACGACCUGACUCGUCGGAUUUGUUUUGCUCAGGACGUUGAAAGGGCAACAGAUCGCGACGAAGUAGAAAUCGACGGUGACAAUCUAGUACCGUGCGAUGUCGAUGAAAAUGGUACGUGCAAUAAUAGAUGGCACGCAUUAGAAGACGGGAUGGUAUUGUGUCAGUUAGAUGCUGACUUUUCAGAAUCUCCAGAGAACGAACAGGGUUCUGAUAGUAAUACCGAUUGGACAGCAUCUGCUGUGAAUUUUCCUGAUGCCCAGGAAGCCAUAACAUUUAUUGCUCGUAAUAAAUCUGAACACGGUGUAGUUGAUCAGAACGUUGACCUGAGCGACUAUAAUCCUGAUUUCUUACUAGGCAAUCAGCGAGUUGCAUACGACAUUGUCGAAUGCCAUUUCGAAAAACUUAACCGGGGUCUGUCGCCGGAUCCACUUCGAUGUGUCAUAUGUGGAACGGCUGGUACCGGUAAGUCAUAUCUUAUCGGAUGCUUUCGUUCUCUACUCAGAGGUGCAUGUCGUGUCGCUGCUCCGACAGGGUAG